AUGAAGCGCUACGGUAUUUUUUGGCAGGCCGUCACGAACCCCAACUGGAACUCCUACACCUUGAACAAUGACAUCACCCUGCUGAAGCUCGCCUCGCCUGCCCAGCUGGGAUCCCGCGUGUCCCCCAUCUGCCUGGCUCCCGCCAACCUGGCUCUGCCCACCAACCUCCAGUGCGUCACCACCGGCUGGGGACGCGUCAACACCAACUCCCAAGCCUUGGCAACGCGCCUGCAGCAGGUAACCCUGCCCUUGAUCUCCCAGAGCCAGUGCACGCAGUACUGGGGCAACCGGAUCACCAGCUCCAUGCUCUGUGCCGGCGGGGUCGGCGCCUCCUCCUGCCAGGGUGACUCUGGCGGACCCCUGGUAUACCAGAACGGGAACGUCUGGACCUUGAUCGGCAUCGUCUCCUGGGGAAACAGCAACUGCAACAUCUACACGCCAGCCAUCUACACCCGCGUGAGCCAGUUCCGAAACUGGAUCGACUACGUUAUUGCUCAGGGAUAGAGCUGGUGCGGAGGGAUCCCGUC